AUGGCCAGUGCGGGAGGAUCGCACGGCAUCGCGCGGACCGCACGAAGGCGCACCGACGAACAACGCCAGCAAGACCUCGACAGGAUCGCCAAGUACCGCGGGCUCGAGGACCAGAUACGUGAGCAAGCCAAAGCACACGACUACGCCUCGCCUGCCCUUUUUGACCUCACCACUAGACUCCUGCGCCUCAACCCGGAGUACUACACAACCGCCGCCUGGGUCAUGGCGCUCGAGGGCGUCGCCGAGUACAUCAGUGAACGCCACUACGAAACCGCCUUCCGGAGGCUCCUCGCCCUCGUCCUCGGCUGCGACCCCGCGAGACCCAAGGUCCCAGCCACGUACGAGGAAUGGGCGGAAUGGUACAACAACCACGACGAGAGUACGAAAAUCUUAGAAGACGCCGGGGCAGGGCGAAACUCCAAGAACGUUGCCAACGACGCCUCCGUUCUCCAGUCUGAGCUUGCCUUCACCAUCCCGCUCCUCAUUGAGUUUCCCAAGUGCUAUUGGAUCUGGAACCACCGGUCCUACAUUCUCUCUCUAUGCAUCGAGCUGCUUCCCGUCUCGCUAGCUCGCGAGGUGUGGACUGCCGAGCUGGGCCUCGUAACCAAGAUGCUCACCAAGGACCGUCGCAACUUCCAUGCCUGGUCCUACCGGCGCCGCGUAGUAGCCCGCCUCGAGAGUGACGUGCUCGACGGUAAAAGCAUGGCGGAGCAAGAAUUCAUGUACACGACCAAGAUGGUCAACCAGGACUUGAGCAACUUUUCGGCCUGGCACAACCGCUCUCAACUUGCUCCGCGGGUGCUGGAUGAACGGAAAGCUGACCAUGUCGCGCGCAAGGUGUUUAUGGAAGCCGAACUCAACCUGGCAAGGGAGGCACUGAAUGUCGGCCCCGACGACCAGAGCCUCUGGUACUACCACCAGUUCCUCAUGUCGCAAAUACUGCCGGAGUACAAAUAUGGCGCCAGAUCCUGGUCACGUAUAGCGCCUGACCUCACGCUGGAGGAGCGCACUGAUUACGUAAAACGCGAAAUUGAAGAGAUCCGGGAUCUGUUGGAGGAUUACAAAGAUGUGAAAUGGAUAUACGAGGCCUUGCUAGAGUACAGCAUAGCGUUGGAAGGCAUGUGCAAGGACAAAGGGACGACCAGACCGAAACAGGAAUUGACCGAGGAGGCCCAAACCUGGCUUGAGACGUUGAGGCAAUUAGACCCGUUGAGGAAAGGAAGAUGGGAUGAUUUUGCACAGACCGACUGA